CAGGCAGUUCCUUCGGGAGCGUGUGUUCGAAUCACACAGGUGUCGCUUCGUUUUGCCAUUUGUUUUGGACAUCGGACAGGCAGGCCUGGAAAACCGCGGUCCAGCAAUAGCUGGCACCAAUGGCAUUCACAAUGCUACUUGGCGGUAGCUACCACUGGCUUCUUCGCCUUAGUGUCUCGGUGAAUUCGGAGCAGUGCGAUCGUGCCGACAUCCUGUCUAACACAGUCUGUGCUUCCAUUCGCUAUCAAGAUAGGACAAAUGAACCGUCUUUCAACACUGAUAAGCAAACCGUACCUGGUGCCUGACCUGCAGAUAGAUACCCUGCAUGACUCUGCUAGGUGCUAAUCUAAGACAUGAGCCGCGAUAGCAGACGCCAAAAGCCAUGUAGAGAUUGCGUCUUGGAUUGUGUAUGACAAGGGUAGCGCAAACCUGGUCUCCAGUGCAGCACGAACACAGAGAGGGCCGCCUGGAAGGCCGGCUUUUGUCGACCUCACUAUUGUGCCUCACAAUGUUGUUAUAUACCCCGAGUC